CUCCUUAGCAACCGGUGAACGAACACAGAGAGUCAGAGGUCAGAGGUCAGAGGUGAAAGUGUAGUAGCAGCAUGGUUGAACACGGGGAUAUCCGCGUGGUUCACCGAGGAGGCAGUAAAAUAAACUCCAGCGAGCCUGUCAUCACCAAUGAUUCAAGGUUCCUGCUGUGCGCCUCAGGAGAGUGUGUGAAGGUAUUCAGCACCUCCACAGAGGAGUGUGUCCACGACCUGCGGGGGCACACCGACCUGGUGACAGGUGUGCUGCUCAAACCCUCCAACCACCUGCAGGUCUACUCUUGCUCAGCAGAUGGCACUGUCAGACUCUGGGACUUCACAGAUGGCAUCCUUAUUAAGACUUAUGUCAUUGGACACCCAGUUUACUCCAUCUACGCAUCUGCAAACCAUGAAGGAGUCUUCUUUAUCGUUACUCCCAUGCUAAGUGACAAACGAUCUGAGUUGUUCCAGCUGGUUGCGGUACAUCUUCCGCAGAGCGGAGAUCAGCUGGUGGAGACCCGAGAGCUUUCUGCUGUGCUCAGCGACGUCAGCUCCAACUCAGCGGCCAUCGUCUUCGGCAGAGGGGGGGAAUAUAUUGCUUCAGCUAAAGGUUUGCAUCUGGAUGUCUACUUCUUCAAGAAGCAGAAGUCAUACAGGUUCUCCCUCAAAGAAGACAACAAGAAGGGAGGCAAGAACACAUUCACGUGUGUCGCCUGUCAUCCAAAAGAUGACUGCAUUGCCACCGGGCAUGAAGACGGCAAGAUUCGCUUGUGGAGAAACUUCAACCACAAGAAGGAGUACACAUACUCCACCCUGCACUGGCACCACAGUGCUGUCGGCUCACUGUGCUUCACCCCAGAAGGCACCAACCUGUUGAGUGGAGGCUUGGAGUCCGUGCUCGUACAAUGGCGAUACAACCAAGAGAGCCAGCGGGACUUCCUGCCCCGCUUGGGUUCUGCCAUCACACACAUCGCUGUUUCACCUGAUGGAGCACUGUUCUGUACAUCACACAGUGAUAACAAGAUUACGAUCAUCCAGAGUUGUGUUAAAGUAUCAGCAGUCAUUCAGGGCCUGGUCAAAGGAGAAAGUGUCAGGACAGACUUGAUGGUGGACCCACGCAGCAAAUCCCUGGUGCUGAACGGGAAACCAGGCCACCUGCAGUUUUACUCCCUCCAAAGAGACAAACUGCUGUACAACCUGGACAUAGUGCAGCAGGAGUACAUCUAUGAGUCGGGCUUGGAUCAGUUUGAGGUGGUCAAGGCGGCCUUUGAUGCCUCUGGCAACUGGCUGGCAACAGUGGAAGAAAGAAAACAGAAAGUUGCUGAGCUGGAGCUUAACUUGAAACUGUGGGCAUUUGAUGAACAAACACAGAGUUUUGUGCUGAACACGACCAUCUCGGCCCCCCACGAGGACCGGAUUACAGCCAUGUGUUUCUGCCACGCCACCGACAGCCAGACCACCAUGCUGGUUUCCAUCAGCAAGGACGGACACUUCAAAGCCUGGCAGCUGACCCCACCAGCCCACACAGACGCAGAUGAAGGUCCUUCCUGGUCGUGUGAUUUUGUCGGAGACUAUCGCGGCCUGGUGCCCGAGUGCUGCUGUUUCUCAGCCGAUGGCUCUCUGCUGGCCGUCAGCUUUCAGGAGGUGGUGACUGUGUGGAGCCCGGCUUCCUGGGAGCUCCUGACUACUCUGUCCCAGCCACCCAAAGCUAUCAGGGAUCUUUGUUUUGGGCGACUAAGCUGUUCCAAGUAUCUGCUGGGAACCACCGCCAACAACCUGCUCUGCUGCUGGAACCUCCUCACCUGCUCAUUGGAGUGGAGCACCUCGAUGGACAUCAGCCUGCUGCUGGCUGACCCCCUCACCGAGAACAUGGCCGCCUUCUGCUGUCAGGCUGGAUGCACCGACUUGUUUGUGUUUAAGCCCAGCGAGCCUCGGCCAGUGUUCUCCCAUAAGGCCGUGUGCUCGGGGAAGGUGACUCGUGCUGUUUUUGCCCCGAGGGAGGAGAUGCUGGAGAGCUGUGAGGAGAGCAGCCAGUGGCUCAACCGCUCCCAGCUGUACUUCCUCACUCAGCACAUGGACCUCAUGACAUUCACCACUAAGGCAGAGGAAGACAGACUGAUGGCAUCCAGCAAACAGCUUGUAAUCGAUGACAGUGUUGCCAUGACACCGUUCUACCUGUUGCUGGGGAAACACCGGCAACAGGAAAAUGAAGACCCGCUGAGCAGCCUGUCUGCUGAGAGGACACCUCUACCACAGGGCUCUGUCGCUAUCAGAGAGCUUCUGCAGACCCCGGCCCACGUCUUGCCAUCUACCUCUUUCCUCUGCUCAAUGUUUGUACAGUCUCUGCUCAUCUCCGUGACAGAAGCCAGGGAGGAAAACAAACACGCAGAGGAGGAAAUGGAGAGCGAGAAAGAGGAAGAGGAUUCAGAGGGGGAAAUGGAAUCCAGCACCCCGAGACCAGAGCAGGCGUCACUGGGCGGCCAGGCGGCAGAGUCGACAGCCCCCGCUCUGACCAAAGCCCAGGUUAGGGAACUGAGGAGGGUGAAGAAACUUGACCACAGCUGGCUCACAGAUCUCCUGCACCCUUGAACACGACCCUGUACAAAGACACUCACACAGAAACGGCGCCUAUAGAAAGUUUUUUAUUAAUUUUACGCCAUUAAAUCAGAAUGGAUUUCUUCUGGAAAAAGAAAAAAACAAUGUCAAAGGGGCAAAACAGAAAAUAUUUGAUUGCAUAACUAUCCACUCCUUAAGCAGCAAUUCCAACCUUGAGUCAAGUUUGUAUCGGGUUACACAUUUAAAGAAUAAAAAAAUAAAAAAUGUUCUCAGUGAAACUGCUGAGGCUCGUGUGAACAGCAGGUUUCAAGUCUUGCCAUGAACUCUGGACUGCAUUGAGGUCUGGAUUCUGACUCCAGAAUAUUAACAUCAGUAUUUAGUGCCAUGUCUGUUUUAGCUUUGACUGCAUGUUUGUGGUUGUUUGUAGUCUUGUUGGAAAAUAAGUCUUUUCCCAAGUCACAGUUCUCUUACAGACUGCAGUAAGUUGAUUUCUCUGUAUUCCGCUUCAGUUCCAGGGCUUCAAAUAUCAAAUUUGCAACAUGCUAGCUGUCCCCUUUCUCUUCUUGUGACACUUCAUAGACCAACACUAUACAAACCACACACAAGCAUGCAAGAGCUCUAUAAGCGGUUACAGAUAAUGGAUGGAUGGAUAUGUGUUUUUUUCAGCAAUUCAUAAUUUCUUUUCUCACAUUAGCUGAGCUAUUCCACAAUCUUUCCCUGUUUGGGAAUCACUGAUCUUCACGAUGUAGUUUUGGACAGGAUAUUAAAUAACAUCCACCUGGGUGUGCCACACAUAGCUUUAUUUAACUGCCAUGCCUUGAUUAAAAUAGACUGGCUGCACCAGUGGUGAUUUUGUUCUGUCACAGUAAAGGGAUUGAAUACUUAUGCAAUCAUUUAUUUUGGUCCAUUUCUGGAGUGAUUUUUUUUUUAUUGCACAUUAAAGUAUUUUAGUUUUUUAUUGAUCAAUGUAAAAAAAAAAAAAAAAAAAAAAGAUGGGAUCCACUGUGAUUCAAUGUAAAAACCAGAAAAAGGCCAAGGGUGUGGCAAAAACCUUCUAUAGGCGCUGUAUGCAUGCACACACAUUUUUCUAUACUUCUAUAAAUUUAAUAAAACAAUGUCAGCCUUUCUUA